UGCUCAGAGGUCAUAACUUCUUCAGGUGAUCUAAGGAUGACUCAUGCAACUGAAUAAAGUUGAACCAAACGACUCUUACUUUUUUAACUAUAAAAGAGGAGUCUCUGAGAAGUUUGGAUCAUAUCAAGUUUCUGGUUGAAGCGUAAGAGCCAUUGUAAGUGGAAACAUUCUUUAGGCAUUAAAUCUCAUUACAAGCAACAAAAACAGGGACGCAGAUUAUAUAUGGAGAUGAAACAAACAAGAUCAAGAAUUGGGAAGAAGAGUACACACAAGGAGUGUGUUGUUGGGAUCCUGGUUAGUUCGUCGGGAUUUGGAAGUCCAUAUGAACACUCUCAGAAGGCCAUUUUGGCUGAUCCUUCAACUCAAUACCAACUUCUACCCUCUCCUUCCAAACGUUACUCCAAAUUCAGACACAGCAGAGUAGGUGCAGUCUUUGCUAGGAUGAUCAAAUUAGGAGAAUCCGUGGAUAUUCUUGCUCGAAGAAUCCGAGAACAUGUGAAGUUGGGGCCAAAGUUAAGUGAAACCGUGAAAGGAAAGUUGAGCUUGGGGGCAAGAAUCCUUCAGGUUGGAGGAGUGGCCAAUGUGUUCAAACAAAACUUCAAUAUUAGAGAUGAUGAGAAAUUGCUAAAGGCUUUUCAAUGCUAUUUAUCGACAACAGCUGGGCCAAUAGCCGGACUCCUCUUUCUUUCUGAUCAUAGAAUUGCCUUCUGCAGUGAGAGAUCCAUUAAAGUCUCUUCUCCAACUGGGAAGCUGCUAAGAGCACAAUACAAGGUGUCUAUCCCUCUCAAAAAAAUAAAGAGAGCCAUUGAAAGUGAGGAUGCCAUUAAGCCGACGCAAAAGUAUGUACAGCUACUGACUGAGGACAAUUUUGAGUUCUGGUUCAUGGGGUUUCUCAAUCAUCAAAGGACUUUGAAGUAUAUCCAGCAGACAAUCCACCAAGUCAGAUGAAACCAUAAACUGGACAUUUCAUAUAGAAGACCAAUCUGCUCAUUCUUUUACAAUACUUCUUGUAUGGUCAGAAUAGACACUAUUGGAAAUUGUUGGCUAAAAUUUCCAAAUCUGUGCAGAUUUGUAAAUAUGUUGUGUUAUGAGAAUUUCACAUUCUGAUUGGAGAAUGAAUCCCUGAUUUAAUCAUUGUUUUCUA